UGCGGAAGUGAGCCUGGUAGCAGGUGUUUGCGUAUUUUUGUCGGUGGAGGAGGCACCUCGAGUGAUAAUACUACAGUAUAGAAGGCACUGGUUGAUUCUAUUCAACUGUUCUAGCUAAUAUCCAGAGCUUGCAAGGAUGGCACAGUUGGGUGCCAUAGCCUCAAUAAUCUGUGCAAUUGGAGGUGCAGCUCUCUUCUCUUCUGUGCACAAGAUUGAGGAGGGACACACUGGAGUUUACUACAGAGGAGGAGCUCUCCUGACCACCACCAGUAGCCCUGGCUUCCACCUCAUGAUGCCCUUCAUCACUAAUUUCAAGUCUGUGCAGACCACUCUACAGACAGAUGAAGUGAAGAAUGUACCGUGUGGAACAGGUGGUGGAGUGAUGAUUUACUUUGACCGGAUAGAAGUGGUGAACUACCUUGUACCCUCAGCAGUGUAUGAUAUAGUGAAGAACUUCACAGCGGAUUACGACAAGGCCUUAAUAUUCAAUAAGGUUCACCAUGAGCUCAACCAGUUCUGCAGCGUCCAUUCUCUUCAGGAGGUCUACAUCGGCUUGUUCGACCAGAUAGAUGAGAACCUGAAGCUGACCUUACAAGAGGAUCUGACCAGCAUGGCUCCUGGACUCAUCAUACAGGCGGUCCGGGUCACGAAGCCCAACAUCCCUGAGAGCAUUCGCAGGAACUAUGAGAUGAUGGAGGCUGAGAAGACAAAGCUGCUGAUUUCUGCUCAGACUCAGAAGGUGGUGGAGAAGGAGGCGGAGACAGAGCGAAAGAGGGCUGUGAUUGAGGCAGAGAAGGUGGCUCAAGUGGCGGAAAUCAAGUUUAGCCAGAAAGUAAUGGAGAAAGAAACAGAGAAAACUAUCUCUGAAAUUGAAGACAGAGCUUUCCUGGCCAAGAUGAGAGCCAGGGCCGAUGCAGAGUUCUACACAGCACAAAGAGCCGCUGAGGCCAAUAAGUUGAAGCUGACGCCAGAGUACCUGCAGCUGAUGAAGUUCCAGGCCAUAGCAGCUAACAGUAAGAUCUACUUUGGCAGUGAGAUCCCCCAGAUGUUUGUUGACUCUGGGCCAGGCGCUUCUAAGGCCUCAGCUGCCAUGGACGUCCUAGCUGAACAGAUCCUGGACCUGGACUGAUGGAGAGGGGAGACCCAUUCUAGGGCUGGAGCUGUGGAGCUGGGCCCAGGCCAGGCACAAGAUGGGGUGGUAGAGGAGCCUUGGGUUUUGUUUUUGUUUAUGAAUCCCAAAUGGCACCUUAUUCCCUAUAUAGUGUACUACUACUUUUGACUACUAUUGUGCACUACUACCCAUAGGGCUCUUGUCAAAAGUGGUGCACUAUAUAGGGAAUAGGGUGCCAUUUGGGAUGCAGCCCUGGACCAGGAGGCUUUACUAGCUCUACAACAGACUAUCUUGAGAAGACCGUAGGCGAAACAAAGAGAUAUUGAAUGUAACAGUGUAAUGUGGUUUGUUUCUGUUGGCUGAAUUAUCACUUUUUGUUUUUGUGUUUUGUUAAUUUCCUCUUGGACCAGGGACAUUUAAACAUUAACUGAACUUAUGCAAGUGUGUGAUUACCUUGUUUCUUCAUACAGACCUCUCUCCCAUAAGAAUUGUCUUACUAUCUUUACUAUCUUGCCAGGGUCUUAUCACAACAACAGAUGUAACCGAUCUUGACUAAACACAUAAUUGUGCAUUUGUUUCUCUCGUGUACAUUAUCUCUUGUAUCGAGUUGUCACAGUGUGAUUUCUUCACAGAAAAACAAACAAAUGCUAAUUACUUUAUUGGAAGGAUUUGGUAAUGGAUUCAAUGGUAUAAUGAUCUCAAUGGGGUUGUAAUGAAAGAUACAGCAGCAGCUUUUGUAAUUCUGCAUUUCACUCACUGGUGCCCUCAGUGUUGGAGACAGAGCUCAUUUGGGGUUAAUCAUUUGUAUGUUUUUCACCAGUGCUUAACUAAACUUGUUUGUGAGGCAUUUGAUUCUUGUACUGUGUAUCUAUAAAACUGUUCUCUUAAUGUAACUGGUUUGCUCUGCGUUAGCUGUGCGAGUGACUACCUGUAUAAACUGUUUUAGACUCGCUCAGGUUGACUUGACUGAUUAUGACUUGAAGGGAACUGUUUUUGCACUCUCACUGAUAUUAAAUUGUGAAUGAGCAAUCCAUAAUUUUGUCAUUUAUACAAUAAAAUUAGUUUUCCUUUGUAGA